AUGAAUGUACUCAUCCAUUUUCUCAACAAAACUCAGAAACUUUCUAAACCAGACAAGAACAAGAGCACUAUACUUUUCUUUUUGUUUGAAACUUCAAACGCAAGAAACAAGAAAGAUAUGAUAGAGCUUGCUUUGACUCUGUAUCUUCUCCUCUCAUUUAAAUGUGUCAAUUCUGUUAAUUCUCCUCCGACAAGAGAACAGUUUCAAAGUUGCUUGUCGACAAAUCCCUCCAGUUCAAUCCUCAAAAACCCUAAAAAUCUUACUAACCACACCUCAGAUUCCAGAAUCCUCACCGACUUUUCCGAGUCUUCAUCCCCAAAUUCAAAAGAAACCGCGUGGAUCCAAUCCGGCGCAACACUCGGCGAACUCUAUUACAAAAUCGCCAAAACCAGCAAGAUCCAUGCCUUCGCCGCAGGGAUAUGUCCGAGUGUUGGAGUUGGUGGGCAUAUUAGCGGCGGAGGAUUCGGUACAAUAAUGAGAAAACACGGUUUAGCGUCUGAUAACGUCGUGGACGCGCGUUUGAUGGACGUAAACGGGAUAAUUCGCGACAGGAAAGCGAUGGGAGAGGAUUUGUUCUGGGCGCUUAGAGGCGGUGGAGCAGCGAGUUUCGGCGUUGUCUUGUCAUGGAAGGUUAAGCUUGUUAGGGUUCCCGAGAAGGUAACUUGCUUCAUAAGUCAGCAUCCGAUGGGAGCCAGCAUGAACAAGCUUGUUCACCGAUGGCAAUACAUAGGAGCAGAGCUAAACAAAGAUCUCUUCAUCAGAGUCAUAAUUGACAAUAAUCUAGAAGGGAAUCAAAGAAGAGUGAAAACUACAUUUCAAGCUCUGUUUCUUGGUGGGAUCGAUAGACUGAUUCCUAUGAUGAACCAGAAGUUUCCGGAACUCGGUUUACGAGCUCAAGACUGCUCGGAAAUGAGCUGGUAUAUGGUGAAGUGGAAAGUGAAUGAAGUGGAGGAGAUGAACAAGCAUGUUAGGUGGAUGAGAAUGCUUUACGAUUACAUGAGUCCUUACGUCUCUGCAUCGCCGAGAGGAGCUUAUUUGAAUUACAGAGAUCUUGAUUUGGGAAUGAAUAAAGGAAUCAACACGAGCUUUGAAGAUGCGAGGAAAUGGGGUGAGAGAGAAUACACAAGAUCAGCGAGAGUUUUUCGACACCUCGAAAAUGGCAAACAGAAGCAGGAAGUGUUCUCUGAUCAGCUCUUCUUCUCGGCGGCUUUAAUACCAGGAAGUGUUCCAAAGACUUUGUCCCAGAGAGACGAAGUUGACCAUGGUGUAGAUAGUAAUGAGUACAAUCAUACAUCACAUAGCCAAACAAAAUACCUCCAAGCAGAGCAGGAGCUGUAG